GGAAGGAGAGACCGGGGAGGAGGAGGACGAUUUACCGACCAGAUUAUUAGGGAUCAACGCACUGCAAACGCAACCGCCGUACAUAAUGGCAGAGACCCAAGGGAAAUUUGGCUUUGCCAUCGACCGGGGUGGCACCUUCACAGAUGUGUUUGCCAGGUUGCCGGAUGGUCGGGAGAGAGUCCUGAAACUUCUGUCCCGAGACCCCCAGAACUACAAAGACGCCCCCACUGAAGGAAUCCGCAGAGUCCUUGAGGAGGAAACAGGCAAAGUUUUUCCAAGGGAUCAGCCCCUGGACACCUCUCUACUUGGCUGGAUCAGAAUGGGCACCACAGUGGCCACCAAUGCACUGCUGGAGAGGGAAGGAGAGCGGACUGCCCUCCUGGUCACAAAGGGCUUCAAGGAUUUACUGCACAUUGGCACCCAGGCCAGACCAAAGCUUUUUGAUUUGGAGGUGUCAGUGCCUGAAGUGCUUUAUGAAGAAGUAGUUGAAGUGGAUGAGCGAGUUGUCCUCAGGCAAGAUGGCUGCCGGCUGCCCAGGCAAGAUCUGAAACGUAUUGUGACAGGCAGUACAGGAGAUACUCUGGAGGUCUGGAGGGAGUUGGAUAUUGAGCAAGUAGAAAGAGACUUGAGAGGAGUGUUGUCACGUGGCAUCACCAGUCUGGCUGUCCUUCUUCUACACUCCUACACAUGGUCAGCCCAUGAGAAAGCGGUGGGCUCUCUGGCACGCCGCCUGGGGUUUACCCAGGUAUCUCUCUCCAGUGAGGUCAUGCCCAUGGUGCGGGCAGUGCCACGAGGUUACACGGUCUGUGCCGACGCCUACCUCACACCAAAGAUUCAUCAGUACUUGAAGGGCUUCACGGCUGGCUUCAAGGGCGGUCUGAAGGAUGUGGAUGUGCUGUUCAUGCAGUCAGAUGGGGGUCUGACUCCCAUGGAGCAGUUUUGCGGCUCGCGGGCUGUCCUGUCGGGCCCGGCGGGGGGUGUUGUGGGUUAUGCGAUCACCUCCUACAGCCAGAAGGAGAAGAAACCUGUCAUCGGCUUCGACAUGGGCGGCACAUCCACAGAUGUUAGCCGCUACGCAGGCCAGUAUGAACAUGUGUUCGAGGCCACCACAGCCGGAGUGACGCUGCAAGCUCCUCAGCUUGAUAUCAACACAGUGGCAGCGGGUGGAGGGUCACGACUCUUCUUCAGGUCAGGGAUGUUUGUGGUGGGGCCGGAGUCUGCAGGAGCACACCCUGGACCGGCCUGCUACAGAAAAGGUGGCCCUCUGACAGUGACAGAUGCUAAUUUAGCCCUUGGACGCCUUCUCCCUUCCUUCUUCCCACGGAUCUUCGGUCCUGGAGAGAACGAGCCGCUGUCGUUGGAAGAGACCAUGAAGCACUUCCAGCAUCUCACCCAGGAGAUCAACCACUUCCUGUCCUCCAACCAAUCACAGGCUAACAACAACAGGGCAGACCACUCCCAGAACAGCCCAGCUUCAGGCGGUACGUCGGCGAUGAGCUUGGAGGAGGUUGCAAUGGGAUUCAUUCGUGUUGCAAAUGAGGCAAUGUGCCGGCCGAUCAGAGCUCUCACGCAGGCCAAGGGCCACGAUACCUCUCAACAUGUGCUGGCCUGUUUCGGAGGAGCAGGUGGGCAGCAUGCUUGUGCUAUUGCCCGUGCCCUAGGGAUGAAGAAUGUCUUCAUACAUAAGUACAGCGGCGUGCUGUCAGCCUAUGGCCUGGCUCUGGCUGACGUGGUAGAGGAGAUGCAGGAGCCGUGCUCCCUGCAGUACGACCAGCGCUCCUUCAGCGAGCUGGACCGCAGGGUGGACCUGCUGACACAACGCUGCUGUGAAACACUCCAUGCACGUGGCUUCAGCAGCGGUCAGAUCACCACCGAGGUUUUCCUCCAUUUGCGUUACGAGGGCACUGACUGCGCCCUCAUGGUGACCGCUGCAGAUUACCCCAGCAACGUCCAGUCCUGUCGAUCCGGCGACUUCCGCAGUGCCUUCACCAAACGCUAUCUGAAAGAAUUUGGCUUCACCAUCCCAGACAGACCUAUCGUGGUAGAUGACAUCAGAGUUAGAGGUUCUGGUAAAUCUGGCAUCAAAUCAGUCUAUGAAACUAAAAAGGGACAUGGACAGGCCAAGCCCAUCGUGGUGACCAAGUGUUACUUUGAGGAUGGUUACCUUGACACCAGUGUGUAUCUAUGGGAGGAGUUGCCAUGUGGUUACAGUUUACAAGGGCCAGCCAUCAUCAUUGACAAGAACAGCACCAUCCUGGUGGAGCCGUGCUGUGAGGCCCACCUGACAGAGGGGGGCGAUGUUUGCAUGACUGUAGGCUCUGACCCCCACUGUGCCCUGGGCACUGAACUCAACACUGUCCAGCUCUCAAUCUUCUCACAUCGAUUCAUGAGCAUAGCAGAACAGAUGGGCCGGGUUCUCCAGAGAACUUCCAUCUCCACCAACAUCAAGGAGCGUCUGGACUUCUCUUGUGCCGUGUUUGGACCAGACGGCGGACUGGUGUCCAACGCUCCACAUAUCCCCGUCCACCUUGGGGCCAUGCAGGAGACUGUCCAAUACCAGAUGAGAUCACUUGGUAAUAAUCUGAAAGAAGGAGAUGUAAUUCUGAGUAACCAUCCGUGUGCUGGGGGCAGCCACCUUCCCGACCUCACAGUCAUCACACCGGUGUUCAGAAAAGGCGUAAGUGGUCCAGUGUUCUUUGUGGCCAGUAGGGGACACCAUGCGGACAUCGGGGGUAUCACGCCGGGCUCCAUGCCCCCCCACUCCACCUCCCUUCAGCAGGAGGGGGCUGUCUUCACUUCCUUCAAACUGGUCACUGGUGGAGUCUUCCAGGAAGAGGCUGUAACUGAAGCCCUCAUGGCACCGGCCCAGUACCCAGACUGCUCUGGGACUCGCAAUCUCCAUGACAACUUGUCAGAUCUACGAGCUCAGGUGGCAGCCAAUCAGAGAGGCAGCCAGCUGGUGGGGGAGUUGAUUGACAGCUACGGGCUGCCUGUGGUGCAGGCCUACAUGGGGUACAUUCAGAGUAAUGCAGAGCUGGCAGUGAGGGAUAUGCUAAGAGAGUUUGCCCGUCGCUGGCGGGAACAGACCGGCUCCCUUGACAUGGAGUCAGAGGAUUUCAUGGAUGACGGAACACCAAUCAGAUUGCGGGUCCAGAUCAAUGAAGAAGAGGGCAGUGCUGUGUUUGACUUCACAGGUACCGGGACGGAGGUGUGGGGGAACUGUAAUGCGCCACGAGCCAUCACUCUUUCUGCCCUCAUCUACUGUGUACGCUGUAUGGUCGGACAGGACAUCCCCCUCAACCAGGGCUGUCUCACACCAAUUAAAGUCAUCAUCCCCUCUGGCUCGAUCCUCCAGCCUUCCCAGAAUGCAGCAGUGGUGGGCGGGAAUGUACUCACAUCACAGAGAGUGGUCGAUGUCAUAUUUCGGGCUUUCGCAGUGUGUGCCGCUUCGCAGGGCUGCAUGAACAACAUUUCAUUUGGCAGUGAGAGGAGCGGUUAUUACGAGACAGUUGCUGGGGGCGCAGGGGCGGGUCCUGGCUGGAGUGGGCGGAGUGGUGUGCACAGUCACAUGACAAACACACGAAUCACUGACCCAGAAAUUCUAGAGAAGAGGUACCCAGUGAUCUUGGAGCAAUUCUCUCUGCGGCUCAGCUCAGGAGGUACUGGAAAGUACCAUGGCGGAGAUGGUGUGGUCCGCAAACUUCUCUUCAGGAACAAGGUGAUACUGUCUGUACUGACUGAGAGACGUUCCACACGACCCUACGGCCUAGAGGGAGGUGGGAGUGGUGCAGCAGGGCUUAACCAGCUCCACAGAGCAGACGGCAGAGUCCUCAACCUGGGAGCCAAGACUACUGUCAGUCUAGAGCCUGGGGACAUGUUUUGUCUCUACACCCCGGGAGGAGGGGGAUAUGGAGCUGAGGAGGAGGAGUUGGUGAACGGAAAAGCUCAGGUCAAGCGCAGGCGCUUGAACGAGACGUUCCCCGAGAGAGGCAGUGUGUUUGAAUACCGCAUGUUACAAGAGGGUGUUUGAAUGAGCGAUAUGAAGGACAAAUGGGGAAGAAAGGAAAGGAAAGAGCCCGGGUACUUAAAAGGAUGUCAGAGUCUGUGUGAGUGAGACAAAGGUGAGAGGAGAUUAUUAAAUGUUCAAGGAAAAAUUAGAGUAUUGCCAAUGGGAGCUUGUCUAAGUUUUGAAGGUACAGUACAAGUACAGGUGUAGGUGUAGGCUAGCAACUGUCCACUCCUGCUGAUUCUGGUACUAGUCAUUCCUGCAGUUUUAUUCUCUCACAUGCACACACACACGCACACAUCACUUGGGAAAACAAAACUUUUCUAAACCAUACAAUUCAGUAGGGCAUAGUAAAUGUGCAGAUGAAGAUAAAACACCAGACGUAACUUCUAGUCUAAUUACCUGGGCUGUCAUGAUCCCAGAAAAGCCCUGGUGACGAUAUUUCUUCACGAGCCAUCUAAUCAGAUUAAUUAAUCAUAUCCAAUAGUUAAGCAAUGUUGUGCACAAGCCAUUCAGAAUGUAGCCUUGUUAACGUGGAUGUGCGUUGGGAAAGAUGUGUGUACUCCGUGUUAGUCGGUUUCUCAAUGAAUGUGCAGUCGACUUAACUCAUAUCUUGUUGAUAAAAGUUAACCUUCAGUAAUUGAGACUGAGUAUUCACCUUUUCUUUAUAUAAUAAUAGUUGCACAUUGCGGUGCGAAGCAAGAAUAUUUCCAUCAAGAAGCCCAAGCUGUUAUACUCUGCAGAGUUGUGCUCCUCAUGCUUGACACUUGUGAACUGCAUAUACUGUAUUAGUAAGAGCAAGUUGAAUGUAACCUUUAUAUAAUUCAGACCACUGGUGCCCCCUGGUCAUUGCAAUGGUGUGGAUU